GCAUUUCAAAAGCAUCGCGCUAGUACUUGUCAUCGCGUCUUCACAUGUUUGCUCAGCAUGAAAGAGCGGAUUUGUCAUGCGGACUUACCUUGAGCAAAGAAUUUGUAAUGCGUGGCUGCAAUUAGUGCGAGUGCGAUGCCUUUGCAAUGCAUAGAAAAUAUUCUCCUGCAAUUCCCGGGCACUAGCCCGUGCCGUCCGCCUGUCCGAUCGCACAUCGAGCAACUGGCGCAGAAGGCCGGCGGAACCAGGUGGAGAGCUUGGGAAAAGAAGCACCGGGCCACUUUCAGUGGCCAGGAGGCACCCGGACGAGAAGGGACUCCGAGGCACCGGGACGAGAAGGGAGUGCUCCAGCUCGGGCACUGGGAGGACGGCCAAUACCGACGCCCGCUACUUCCCAGCUUCAAGAUUAUCGACUGCGGGGGCGCGGUCUUUGAAGACGAUCCGCGAUAUGAGCGACUCAACGAAAUAAGUACACGAUACUACAGAAGUCCCGAGGUGAUGCUCGGCAUGAAAUGGAACACCCAAACCGACGUCUACUCCUUCGGGUGCAUUUAUGGUUGUGUCAGGAUCGAAAUCGUCAGAGUUGAAAGAGUUUGCCAUGCAUAAAAUCCAACGCAGACAUUGCCUCUAUUGCAGAGGACGCAAGGGCGGCAGGUUGUGGCGCUGCUAAGGGUCGGUAAUUGGGCUGCUGAUUAACAUCACAGAGGGGAGCCCCUUCGCCCUAAACGGCAUGACACACUGGGCUCCGGUAAGUACGGACAAAAUUUGUCAUGCAGCGACUAGACACUGUGGGCCCAAUUGGUAUCCAUUUUAUGCAUAUACAACUUAUUUCAACUUUGUCGAUUUCAAUCCUGACACUCUCAUAGCAUUCUGUUGGAGCUGUAUUUGGGCGAAGAGGUGCACCGGACUACGAAAUACGCACUGUGAGCCUAUCUGUGUCCACCUCUGGAAUCUCAUGCGUCUGAUGCAGGUUGCGUUGCAGAGUAGUCACAUGUACUGCGUAGUAGUAUCAGAAAUUCGAAGUUUGCGACCUGGCUCAUCGCAGAUUCAUUUGUAAAACGGCUGACAAAUAACUGAGCUUCACAGCAUGACAAAGAAGUUGCUCAAGCGCACGCUUGCAUUUUACAGAUCUUCUCGCACUUCCAAACUCGCAUGACAAAUCCUGACCCAAACACAUAUUUGCAAUGCAUACCGAAGACGACCCUGACACGCGGGAUCUCCAGCAUGUCUCGCAGAUGGAGACUCUGGGUGGCGGGUUCAGCGAUGACUUGUUGAAGCGGUAUGCAUUGCAAAAGCAUCGUACUCGUAUAAAUGCAUUACAAAUUUCCUAUUCCUCAGCAUGAGAAAUAUAGAUUUGUAAUGCGGGUUUAGCUUAAGAAACAGGUAUAUAAUGCGUAACUGCGAUUUAUUACUACGAGUACGAAACUUUUGCACAGGAUAAGAGGGCGAAGGAAUCGCGAGUGACCGAAUUCUUCCUCGAGCAACGCGCAGCGGAUAUUCGCGAAGAUAAGGACGGGAAGCUGUACUCCCGGGCAGUCAAGCCUUGCCACCCACCGCUAUUGGGAAAGGUAAAGGAUUUCGUCUACGCUGGCAGGAGUAUGAGAGUGCACAAUUCUACUCCUUCAAGCUGUCUCCUUUGGUUGUCAUGAACGACCUCGCAACAGAAACAAAAGCGAAAAUGUUAAUGUAGUAUCUCUUCUGCAUGACAUCUUCCACUUCCUCAAAGCCAACUUGCAAUUUUGCAUGACAAAUGAGAGCAACCGGGGGGGUUGUGCACUCUCAUACAGAAAAGAAAAAAACCUGAGAGAACCCAGAGCCGGAUCAUGCAGGCGGGCAGCUACGCGAGACAGUUUCGGAAACUCUGUUAUCAAAUGUAAAAAUGUCUGGGUCUGGAAGAAUCCAUCAACUUCUCAUGCGGAUUUUGGAUUCUAAAAAAAUCUGUAUUGCAUGAGCAGCAAAGAGAGUCCAAGUUUUGCUACACGGAAAGAGAAUUUGCCAUGCGGUAUAGGCAUCAGGAAGCCCUCACAAAAUCUGUGAUGCUAGGGCAUGCAUCACAGACAUCAGGAGUCAUCCAAAAUGUGCAUGACAAACCUGGCAAUCUUCCAGACCCAGACAUUUUUACAUUUGAUAUCUGUGAGAAGUGCCUGACACUCGACCCCACGGACCGCAUCUCGGCACAGAAAGCCCUUUAUGCAUUGCGAAUGUUUCAUGUCUGGGUCCUCCGGAAGAUUCCGACUUUGUGAUGCUAGGUCUGGGUGAUGCGACAAGCGAACAACUGUAUUGCAUGACCAGGAAAAGCAGCCGCCUUUUACCUCCAGUCGAACACGACAUCUCUUAUAUGGCAAGAUUGGCAAUCUUCCCGAUCCAGACGUCUUUUGCUUGCCCUGCAUACGUUCUCCCACAGCUUUCUGAAGCAGGAAGACCUACCAAUAGACGACUAAGUCCCGCGCUUUGGAGGUCCCUCCUCGCGGAAUAAUAUUGUUGAAAAUGACUGUUGAAAGUGACUCAGUAAUAUUGUUGAAAAUGUAUGUUGUUGAAAGUGACUUUGCUCUUUGCAGCACACAUAGCCGAAGCAUAGAGAUCGUU